AUGGCUAAAAAGUCUCAAGAAUCUCAUCCUUAUCCUUCAAGUAAUAGUAUAUCAGUGUAUGAUGUAAUGGAGGAUAUGGAAACCAUUCACAAGUAUUUGCAUAGAGGCGGUGGCCUCAGAAGGCAGACCACUCUGACAUCUUUCAUGUCAGUUGCAGAUUGCUCAAAUAGUAACCCCAAGGUGACACAGGUUGACCCUCCAGCGUCUAGACGACACCCACAUGGCAUUGUAUCAAGCCAUCCUAGUAGCAGAAGCGAGUCUGCAGAAUUUCCAAGCUAUAAACGAGCUAACCAGGCAACUGGUCAGAGUGGUCAUACUACAGCACGUGGGUGUAAAGAAGCAUCACCUGUUAAAGAAACGACUGGUAGACCAAAACGGACCUGUCCAUUCUAUAAGAAAUUACCAGGAACUGGGUUUACAGUAGAUGCAUUCAAAUAUGGCUCCAUUCCAGGCUGCAUUGGUUACUUCCUCAGUCACUUUCAUGCUGACCAUUAUCAAGGGCUCAAUAGGCAGUUUGAGGGUACACUGUACUGCUCAAAGGUGACGGCUAAUCUUGUCAUUGAGCGGCUCAAGGUGGCUCCAACCAGUGUCCAUGCUCUGACUUUGAAUAUACCACACUUUAUUGAGGGAGUAGAGGUCACUCUAUUGGAUGCAAACCACUGUCCAGGUGCUGUGCUGCUCUUAUUUCAAUUGUCAUCUGGUGGGACAUAUCUUCACACAGGUGAUUUCCGUUUUUGCUCUUCCAUGCUCUCCUACCCCCAAUUGUUCGGUCUCACUAUUAAUGAGCUCUACUUGGAUACAACGUACUGUGAUCAAAAAUAUGAUUUUCCCAAACAAGCGGAAGCUAUUUCUUAUGCAAUGGAAAAAUCGGUACAAGUUGUUUCAAAGAAUCCCAAUACUCUGAUAGUGUGUGGCACAUACACCAUUGGCAAAGAAAAAUUUUUCCAAGCAAUUGCUGAAUCCCUUGCUUGUGAGGUGUAUGUAAGUGCUGAUAAGAAAGUUAUUCUUGACUGUCUUGAGUCCAACUGGGUAUCCCAGCAUGUGCACACUGACAACUCGCACUCCUCAGGUCUCCAUGUACUACCAAUUGGAAAACUUAAUUUCAAAUAUUUAUUGUCUUAUUUGGAGCAAUUCGGUGACAAGUAUACAGCAAUUGUGGCAUUCAAGCCAACCGGCUGGAUGUACAGUGGAAGCUUGUCCUCAGUCAGGCCACAAACCAGUGGACCUAUCUCAAUAUAUGGUAUCCCCUAUAGUGAGCACAGCAGCUACACGGAACUGAGGGAGUUUGUUCAAUAUUUGAGGCCACUCAAGAUCAUACCAACUGUAGAUAACGCUUCAUCAAAGCGGAGAGAAGAAAUGCAAAAGAACUUCAGAGAAUGGUUAAGUGUACACAGUACAGUCCCUGCUAAGAAACAGACAACUUUGUUAGAGUCAUUUAAAAUCAAAUAACUGUGCUUUAAUUUGCAAUAAUUAUAUCUACGACUAAGGUCAGUUUAUUACUGGAGUUUUUUUCUUGAAUCUCAAUUGAUUUUCUCUCUUUCACCAGA